AUGGCAAAAUUGCUGCCAGUAAAAGAAAACUUCCUUUGCAGACAGGUCUUUAAGGGGGCGACAAAAUUAACAAAAGAUGAUAUCGAAAGGGUGUUCUCGUUAUAUGAUAGAGACAACAAUGGCUCAAUAGAAAACGAAGAACUGCGCGGAUUUCUAAAAGAUCUACUAGAGUUAGUUAAGAAGGAUUAUGACGCUCAAGACUUGUUAGAAUUUGAAGAAACGAUCCUUCAAGGUGUAGAGUACAGCAGUGACGGCAAAAUCAGCAGGAAACAACUCACAAUGAUACUGCUGGCACUGGCAAAACACCACCAAGAAGAAGAACCAGGAAGCCCAUAA